AUGGCAGAUUUGAUGGAGAAAAUAACUUCCCAUAAGAGCAAGAGGCGCGAUUCCAGCAAUACGGGCCAUGACUCCAAUAUCCAGGCUGGGGAUAGUGAGCUUCUGGCGACGCUGGGAUAUAAGCAGGAGUUGAGGCGACACUAUUCUACCACCCAGAUCUUUGCUGUUGCGUUUAGCAUCAUGGGCCUCUUGCCUUCUAUUGCAUCCACCUUGUCGUUUUCUAUGCCCGCGGGUCCAGUGGGGUGGUUAGCUGCUAGCUGCUUUAUCUUCAUCGUGAGCUUAGCAAUGGCUGAUAUGGCUUCCGCAAUGCCCACAGCCGGCGGCCUCUACUUCUGGACGCACUACUUCGCCGCCGAGAAAUGGAAGAACCCACUAAGUUUCCUAGUCGGAUAUAGCAACACCAUAGGGCUAAUCGGCGGCAUCUGCUCAAUUGACUAUGGCUUCGCCAACAUGCUCCUAUCAAUGAUCUCCCUAGCCCGCGACGGUACCUGGUCCGCCACCCGCCCAGUAAUCUAUGGCACCUACGUAGCAACAGUCUUCGCCCACGGCUUCAUCGCCAUCUUCUUCGGCCGCGCAAUGCCAAAAAUCCAAUCUGCCUGCAUCUUCCUUAAUAUCGCCCUCGUUGUGGCUACCGUCAUCGCCCUGCCCCUCGGCAAAAACAACUCCAGUCCCCCCGUCAACCCGCCAGCCUACGUCUUCGGCUCCGUCCAGAACCUCACCACCUGGCCCGCCGGCUGGGCGUUCAUGCUCUCGUGGCUGUCUCCGAUCUGGACCAUCGGCGCCUUUGAUUCAUGCGUGCAUAUGAGCGAGGAGGCUACGCACGCUGCUCGCGCUGUGCCGCUCGGCAUCAUCUCUUCUGCUGGUUUGUGUGGGAUUCUUGGGUUCGUUUCGUUGGCAGUCAUCGCGGCUUCGAUGGAUACGGAUAUCGAUGGGAUCUUGAAUUCGAAGUACGGUCAGCCUAUGACACAGAUCUACUACGAUGCUCUCGGCAAAAACGGCGCUCUGGGCUUCAUGGCUGUUGUCAUGAUCGUUCAAUUCUUCAUGGGUCUCAGCAUUGUCCUCGCCGCCUCCCGACAAAGCUGGGCCUUCUCCCGCGACGGCGCCCUGCCAUUCUCCUCUUAUUUCCGCAAAGUAAGCCAGCACAGCCUAAUGCGCUACCAGCCCGUCCGCAUGGUCUGCGGCGUGGUAUUUGCAUCCGCAGUCAUCGGCCUCCUCUCGUUGAUCGACGCCGCCGCUGCCAACGCCCUCUUCUCGCUUGCGGUGGCAGGCAACGAUCUCGCCUGGCUGACGCCUAUCCUGGCACGCUUGGUUUGGGGCGGUGAUCGGUUCGUGCCGGGUGAGUUUUAUACGGGCAAGUACCUCAGUAAGCCUAUUGGGUGGGUUGCGGUUGUUUAUAUGGUGUUUGUUAUCGUUUUGACUAUGAUCCCCACCGAGGGACCGGAUCCGUCAGCGGGGACGAUGAACUAUACUGUUGUUAUAAAUGGGAGUCUUUGGGUUGGGGCUUUGCUCUAUUAUUAUGUACAUGCUAGAAAGACGUUCAAGGGACCGCAGACUACUGUUAGUCCUGAGGAUGUGGGUAAAGCCAUGGAGAAAGAUGGGCAAUAG